AAAAUUUGUUUUCUGCCUCUCAUCCUUGACAGCUUGGCUGCAACGGGGCUGCCGAUGAAAGUUACCGGAGCAGAUUAGACAUUCAACCCGACGUCUCGACGGUGCUAAAGCUGAUUGGGAUGGUAUCAUGGAGAGAGCCAAUCACCAAGAAGGAGAGGCGCAGGGAGUGAGGAUUUGUGAUCCCCCGUCUGAGAGCAACCCACCCGCUGACACGUUGGCGACUUCUCUCUCCCUCUUGGGGAAUCACAUGUUCCCUGAUCCAGUGGAGAGACUUGGCAGCACCACCGUGAGCAGAGAUGAUCCCGCUAACUCGUCAGACGUCACAGCAGAGGAGCCCAGUGUGGACGCCGAGCCUCCCUCUAACCAGUUAAUGAAGCUAGAGACUGAGGAUACAGAAACCUCUGAGAGUCAGCCCGUUGUGUCCGCCCAGCCGGCCGACAGAGGGACUGAGGAUGCUGCUGCUGACAAUGACCAGAACGACUCUGGUGAGUUUGUCGUUGCGAUGCUGGCCAAGGCCAAGCUGGAGGAGCAAGGCAUUGGUGUGAAGGGGAGAUCGUCUCCACUGUUGGAGGCAGGAACCCAGGAAUCUCCAACGUUCACGUCUCAUCGUGAUGAGGAUGUCACGGCCGACAGCUGGCGGCAGCACAGGAAGCACGUUUUUGUGCUAAGUGAAGCUGGAAAACCCAUUUACUCCCGAUACGGCAGCGAGGAGGCUCUUUCAUCUACGAUGGGAGUCAUGAUGGCGCUGGUGUCUUUUGUCCAGAGUUCAGAUAACAUCAUCCGCUCGGUCUAUUCAGAGGAGCACACCGUGGUGUUCUUGCAGAAGGGGCCCCUGGUGCUGGUGUGUGUUUCCAGCAGCCGCCAGUCUGAGCAGCAGCUGCGUGGAGAGCUAAUGUACGUGUACUAUCAGAUCAUCAGCAUGCUCACCCAGGCCAGCAUAUCCCGCAUCUUCGAACACAAGAAAAACUACGACCUGAGGAGACUCCUUGCGGGCUCGGAGAAGAUCCUGGACGGCCUCCUCAACCUGGUGGAUUCUGACCCCAGCUUCCUGCUAGCUGCAGUGCACUGCUUGCCUCUAGCUUCCUCUCUCAGGGACUCUCUCAGCCAGAUUCUGCAGAAAGCCAUCACACCCAAUCUGGUUUUCUCCAUCCUCAUCGCCAAGAACCAAUUACUAACCAUCGUCCAAGAAAAGACUGUCAUCGAGGACACGAGGCUGGAGCCAGCUGACGUUCACCUUCUGCUCAACCUCAUCGGAGCCUCCUCUGCCUUCCAGGCUGGAGAGAUCUGGACUCCCAUCUGCCUCCCACUCUUUAAUCCUGACUGUUACUUUUAUGCAUACAUUUCUUACCUGGACCCUCCAGACUGCACUGUUUGCCUGCUGCUGCUCUCGACGGACAAGGAGGCUUUCUACGCUGUGGCCGAGUGCAAGAGGAAGAUAGAGGAGGCCAUGGAGACGCAGAACUCCCUGAGCCUCAUCGCUAAAGCUCAGUCGUACAGCGUGAGCCAGGUGGGAGUUUCAGACCUCAGACACUUCAUGUACAAGCCUUUUGAUGUGCCAGACAACUACCGUCAGCUCACGCAGUUCACCAGCCCAGAGAUGGAGGCGCCGUACGGCAGCGAGGAGGAGAAGAUGCGGCUGCUGGACCUUUACCGCUACAUGCACAGCCGCAUCCACAGCACCUCACGACCCCUCAAGCUCAUCUACCACGUCGCAGAGAGGGAAACUCUGCUGGCCUGGGUCACGAGUAAGUUUGAGCUGUACACCUGCUUCAGCCCGCUGGUGACCAAGGCCUGUGCAAUCACCGCCAUCACUAAGCUUCUGAGAUGGAUCAAAAAGGAGGAGGACCGUCUCUUCAUCAGAUACCCCCCAAAAUACUCCACCACUCCAAACCCCAGCAAGAGCUCUCGAGGCGGCAAAUCCGACCAGCAAGACUCCACAGAUAACGGCUUCUUGUCCCUCCUAUAGGACUCUGCAGCGGCUCUGCCUCAGUCAACAAUAGUUUUACACUGGCGACGAGAUCUUUUUGAAUCCUCUUCGGACACUCGUUGGACUUGUCAGACACUGACUACUGGAAUCAAACACUACAUUUUACACUAUUUAAGAAGGACUGGUGUCUCUGGAGCUAGUAUUAAAAUUCCUUUACCUUAACAGGAAAGCAUGUCACCGCGUCGCUGCUUUCCGACAGAACCAGUCAGGGCAAACUAGCGCUAGUACGUUUUAAAUUGAACUGUGGUAGAACACGACUGCAAUGGUAUUUAAAUGUUUUUAUAUUGUUUUAUUACAGCAACAAGAGAGAAAUUUUCCUCAUGGACAGUGAAUGUAUCACACCGUUCAUUCACGAGUGUUCGUCGUCUUUCUGGAGCAGAAGUAACGUUAGCUACCUUCCUGUAACGAGGCCACACCAUUUAGUUUCACCACACGUCCCGAUGCUACAGAACCGGAUAUGCAAGUACGCUGGGCUGUGGGGAUUAGCAUGAACUGGAAUAACGACAAUGUGAAGGACGGGCCGCUGUGCAAACACAUGAAUCCGAUGAACCCUGCGAAGGAAUUCAACAACACGGCGCCGUUUCAUGUCCCAUCGAUGUUUGUGCUCAGAUUAAAACGAGGUGUCGGCUUCCUAUCAUGUGACAGAGAACAAGGAGGAGAUCCCAGCCUUCGUCAUCGUCACUGAAGUCAAAUCUUGAUCAAAAGACGCCACUAAGCUGAUGCAAUGUUUUGUUUUGUUUGUUGUUUUUCUGCAGAUACUUGUAGUACGACUCGGCCUGACGUAGUGAGUUCAGGCCACUUCUCUUUUUGAAGACUAGUUUUGUAAAGAUGGUCUAUAAACAGUAGCCUCAUGCGUGUCCUGUGAGGAAUCCUGUCAGUUCAAGUCUUAAGAGUACGUCUGUAGUAUUACAAAAUAAAUCCCAGGUUGCACAAAUCCACACUUGUCCUAAUUAGGUAGAGAGAUGGUGAAUAUUUUUUCAGAAAUAACAGAGUGUUUGGGUUAUUUCUCAGUUUCAUGAAAAGAAUUGGAGGCAAGCAGUGUGUUGGACAAGAACAAGGGUUUGAAUAAUAAAGAUAUAACGAAUGAAUAUUUA